GUCGAAGCAAGAUGUAAAUCUUGCUACCAGGAGUACUCCACCUACUCUGUUUUUUUUUAUUCGUCAUCUUCACCAAAGUGGGAAUAGUAUUCUUUUCCUGUUUUUGUGUGCACUUCCUCGGGAAAGAAGAAGUACAUCGUUUGCAUUGUGUGCUGGCGGUGCGUCGGGGCAGGCAAGGCCGAGAACAGCGCGGUGUUUUGGUGCAAACUUUAAUUAGCUAGAUUCGCAUAGGAAAAUAUUGCAUGGAAAAUCGACCAAAAGAAGAACAACGCAAGAAUUUACUGCUGCGACGAGCAAUGUUCCAUUGUUACGAAACGACCGCCGCCGCUGCUAUCACAGCCGGCUGUCAUUAAAGACCCUCAAGCGGUCGUUCAGUGUUCCAAGCCUUCUACAGUCUAACCCAGCUAUGGCAGAAAUGAAACAGUUAUUAUUGCUGUAUGAGAAAUGUGUAAAUUAAAGUAAAUCGAAUAAAGUGCUAACUGUACAGUGUUGGGGCCUCUGAAGCGUCCGCGCGCUGAUUACCUACCGGAGAAAAAGAAGAUAGAAGGUGUGCUGCAUCGCAUGAAUGAAGUGCUCCCUGGAGCGGGUGUGGAUAUCCGAUCGAAGGUGUCGUAUUUGACAUUAUCAUCAAACGGGAGUGUCAGUUACACAGACUAUCCGUUUUGUAUCUACUGCAAGCGUGACGAUAGUGACGGUCUAUUCGGUCCCGUAUAAACAACAACAACAGCAGCGGCAAUAUGAGCUGGCUUCGAUCCAGCCCACUGCGGCACAGUUUUUCCAAAACCGGAGGCGGUACCGGCAGCGGUACAUCGGGUCGUGGCGGAAGUUCCACUAACGGAACCUUGCGUGCGUUCGACGCAUCCGAUUGUGACCCAAAGGCGUGCUACGAUAGCUUCUGCAUCCACUGGCAGCAAGCUUAUGAGAUCAUCCUGCGAUCGGAGAAUAAUCGUGGUCAGGCACAUGAUGACGUACUCGCAGUGGUCACUCAUCUGGACCAUAUGGUAACCUUGCUUCUGGUUGAACUGCAUCACUGCAACAAGGUCAGUCUACCGGGGGCACCGGUCCCUCCUGCUCCGUGUCUGGAACACCUGCUGAGUGAAAACCUGCUCGACAAACUGUACGAGUGGGGCAUCAAAACCGGAAGAUAUGCCAACGCCGUUCGCUUAGAACAACUGAAGCUCUACGAACAGCUGGUCAGUCACAGCCGCCAUCAGUUACUGGUCCACGAGCCAUUCCUUAGGCCGCUGCUUAAACUGCUCGCAUCAAGUCAGGAUGAAAUCUAUCCACCGGAUGUGGAAAAACGACUGGUGAUUUUGCUCAACCAACUGUGCGUUGUUCUGAUGCAGAACGUGCAUCUGCUGGAUUUGUUUUUCUUCUCCAAUGCUCAACAGAACGGUACAGGCGGUCACACCAACUUCAUAAUCUUCUCCCUGCUCAUACCGUACGUACACCGAGAGGGUUCACUGGGGCACCAAGCUCGUGAUGCACUUCUACUGUGUAUGGCCCUGUCGCAGAAAAACUCCAACGUCGGCACGUACAUUGCCACCUACUCGUCCAUCUGUCCGGUUCUGGUUACCGGUCUGGGUGGACUGUACUCACGGUUGCCGAAUCAGAUCGAUGUCAAAACCAUCGACUGGUACCGAAUAACCACCGACGACGUAACGGAAAUGCACGAACUGACGCUGUUUAUGAAUUCGUUGGAAUUCUGCAACGCGGUCGUGCAGGUAGCGCACAGCAUGAUCCGGCAGCAGCUGUUGGACUUCCUGUACCAGGGCUUUCUGGUACCGGUACUGGGACCGGCCAUCCUACAGACAUUUAAAGGUAGAGGUCAAUUGCAGACGAACGUCGAGUCGCAGGUUUCCGCCAUGGCGUAUCUGGAUUUGAUAGUCCGCUCGGUUACGGAACCGGGCCUGACGCAGAUCAUCGUUCGCUUUUUGCUGGAAUCGGAGAAAUUCGACGGCCAACGGAUAUUGGACGUACUGGUGGAGCGGCUGAACAGCAGCGAUUCGAGGCUUUGCAUGGUAGCCUUGUCGCUGUUUGAUACUCUGCUCAGUCUAAACUGUGAGGACAUAAUGCUUGAACUGGUUCUCAAGCCUCUACUCCACUGUCAGCAUGUGCCGAUUUCUCACCGCUAUAAGGUAAAUCGGGUGGAUCCGUACGGUAAUUCGGUGGAGUAUUUUUUGAACAUAUCACCCGAGAUCAUGAAGAAGGUGAACAACGUGUUGAACAUCAACAAUAACAACACGAUAUCGUCCGGCGGUGGGAACAAUGGACGCAACAUAAGCAAAACGAUCGGGGCCAAUUGGAAUCACUAUGGGCUGAAUACGGGUGAAACUUUACUCGCCAGCUAUCAAGCUUACCUGUUGGAGGCACGGAACCGGAUUGUGCAAUGCAAACAUGCCUGUGAUCAGUGGAAUAAUUUGUAUCGUUACCAAAAAUUGAACAAACAAACGAUGAAUAACAACAGCAGCAAUAGCCAAAUCAUAAGUAGCGCUAGUAAUAGUCUUAAUCCAGCCAGCACCAACGGAACGACGGACGAUGUGCGGAGCUAUAAAGUACAAAUGAUCAAGAAUUUUUUGGCGGAAUUCGUUACCGGUCACGGUUCGGACGGCAGCGGUCUGGAGGCGGCGGCAAACAGUGACAACGAUCGCUCUAGCCAGUGCCAAUCGCCAGCAACGAUGUUCGGCACACCGGGCGGAGGCUCCGCACAUCUGUCGGCGAUGACGACCAAACAGUUGGACAGUUUGCAGUCGCUAGGCGACAGCAGUGGAUACGAAAGUUUAAACAUCACCAAUUUAGGGGGCACGGGAAGCGACGAUGGCCGGCGGCAGGAGUUGUGGAAAAUAUCCAGCGUGCGCGAGGAAACCGUUGUCGAUCUCGAUCUGUCCGAGGAUUUGUUUGCCCAGGGGACCGUCAGUUUGGGUCCUUUUCUAACAGCCAUAUGGGGUAAACUACAGACUUUCACAAGUAAUUGUCUGUACGUGAACCUGCACCUAACCGGACUCAUCAGUCAUUUGGCUUGGUUUCCUCUUCCUCUUCUGCACUCAAUUCUUCUACGACCGGACAUCCCAACCACUUCCGAUACGCCAUCUUUCCAUCAAGUCCUAAAAAUCCUCAAACAGCAAAUCGACGCCGAACUGCCGGAGUGCGAGGAAUCGUUGGAAAUCGUAGACGUUGCGCGAUCCUUCCUAGUGGAUCGAGAAUUUCGACUCAUCAACAUGCGAAAGAAUGCUAUCGAAUCCAGUACCGGUGGUAGCAGCAAGCUCGUUUACAAUGGAGCGGGCAGCUCGUUGACGGGUGGCUCGGGAAGCUACUCGAUGACCUCCAGCCUGUCGCAGACGACACCGAUGCAGCUGACGCCAAGCUCGUCGUACGAUCCGUUCAAGCGAAACGAUACCAAGCGGAAAAGUAUAGGCAACUCCUUUUCCGGCUUCUUCCGGAGGCCGGCCUCAUCCGGAGGAGGAUCAAGCAACAAUACUGCUUCACCGGCCAGUCAAUCUUCGACUGCUUCGCUAGGACCGCCCGGCUCGCUGCAAUCGGCCAGCAGUUCCGGUGUCAGUAGCCUGGUGACACCUGGCGGUAGCCGGCGAGAGUCUCGCGAAGCGGAGACUCAGUUCGUGGAUCAUCCCACAGCGAACAGUAUGGUCGGUUCCUUAAACGUCGGUUCCGCGGGUCCUGGUAGUGGCCACAACAGCCUAGAAUACACAUCGGUAAACAUCAACGGGUCGGUCAUUGGAGUUGGUAGCGAGCGGCAGCGUGAUCUUGCCGUGAGUGCGGUCAUAUUGGACGAAUGGUUGAAGGAGCUAGCGGCCAUCACCCAGGAACAGUGCAUUGUUAUGCUCUCCGAGCAGAUAUUAGCUCCAGCCAAAACCAGCAGCUGAAGGAGAAAAAACGGAGGAAGACAGCAGCUUCCUCGUCGCCAGCCGGUCAGCUUACGGUAGACUCUUGAUAGUUAUGCAAAAUUUUAUCUACCUUUCCCCCUUUAUAGUAGCAUUUUUUAACCUAAUUUGCUUUUUAAGUUGAUUCGGUUCGGUUUGCAACGUCUGAGACGCCGAGCACUAACAAAAAUCCCGUUUUGUUUUUCAUGUCCAUAUUCUUAUCAUUUUUAAAAUGAUUAUUUUUUCGUAUAUUUAUUAAAAUUAUUUUAAUGACUAUUCAUUUUUUAAAAUUGAACAAAAUAUUUUACUUCUAUCACGUUUUAAAGUUUUCAAAAGGUUUCAAACCGACAAGGUUUUGAGUUUUUGAAAAAGAUCUCUCUCGCUUAGGACAGCAAGGAACUCAAUACAACGACUACCAAUCGUUUUAACUAUAUGUACGUACCUAUAUCCGCUAUUUUGUUUCACACGUUUCUUAGACCUAUUAAUUCUUUAACGGCUGCUAACGAAAUACGUCCGAUAAUUUUGCUUUAUUGUGAAUUAUCACAGCCACAGGAAAUAAACCCAUACAUGUGGGGUAAAAUGUAGCUAUACUCUAGAUAAUCUUCUAUUGGUUAUUCUAUUAGCGAUAGACGAAGCAAUAUGAUACGGUAGGGAAGAGAACGUAACGAUAUACCUAGAUAGUGUCGUUCAUGAGAAAGGAACAGUGGAUGAUUAGCAGCAUCAUUGUGGAAAGAUAUUUUUGUACAAUAUAUACACUAACAAACGGAUGAUAUUCAUG